UGCAAAAAACCUGGAAGGUAUUUAGACAACUUGCCUCAAACUUCAGUUAUCGUGUGUUUCCACAACGAAGCGUGGUCCGUUUUAUUGCGUACAGUUCACUCUGUUUUGGACAGAUCACCGGAGCACUUAAUCAGAGAAAUCAUUCUAGUUGACGACUUUUCCGAUAUGCCUCAUCUUAAAAAACAGCUCGAAGAGUACAUGGAAAACUAUCCAAAAGUAAAAAUUAUUCGGGCAGCCAAGAGAGAGGGACUGAUACGAGCCAGACUAAUGGGUGCUAGACACGCCUCCGCACCGGUCUUGACUUAUCUCGACUCGCACUGCGAGUGCACCGAAGGGUGGCUUGAGCCGUUGCUAGACAGAAUAGCCAGGGAAGCUUCAACUGUGGUGUGCCCUGUGAUUGAUGUGAUUGACGAUACGACGUUGGAGUUUCAUUACAGAGACGCUGGCGGCGUAAACGUGGGUGGAUUCGAUUGGAAUUUACAGGUAAAAAUAAUCAUUAUAAAAAUCGAGAGAGAUAGCUCUUCGUUGGUGUCAAUACUGAAAAAAAAACAAUAAUACAAUAAUGCGUUA